AAAAAUGUCCAAGUUUGGCUCAGAAACAUCACUUCACCGCAUAAGUUAGAAGUUACGGAUCUAUCUGAAGAAAGAGAGUUAUGGGUUGGAGAGGGAUAUUGGGAUUUGAGUAUGGUAUAGUGCAAGCACCCUUAGGACCAGAUAUAUCAGGUCCAGAGCUUGUUGCUGCUGUUGCUAAUGCUGGUGCUCUUGGUCUUCUUAGAGCUCCUGAUUGGGAAGAUCCUGAUUAUGUGAGGGAGCUCAUAAGGAAAACAAGAACCUUGACUAGCAAACCAUUUGGGAUAGGUGUAGUUCUUGCAUUUCCUCACAAGGAAAAUUUAAAGGCUAUAUUGGAUGAGAAGGUUGCAGUAUUACAGCUUUAUUGGGGUGAAUGCUCAAAAGAGUUGGUUCUUGAAGCUCAUAAUGCUGGGGUCGAGGUUGUACCCCAAAUUGGGAGCUAUGAAGAAGCAAAGAAAGCUGCAGAAGCUGGUGUAGAUGCAAUUAUUGUCCAAGGUAGGGAAGCAGGAGGCCAUGUUGCUGGCCAGGAUGGUUUAAUUACCUUAUUGCCUAGAGUUGUCGAUCUUGUUCGUGGUGAUGACAUUGCAGUAAUUGCUGCUGGAGGAAUUGUCGAUGAGCGUGGUUAUGUUGCUGCACUGGCCCUUGGCGCACAGGGUGUGUCAUUAGGCACUAGGUUUCUCGCAACAGAGGAAAGCUAUGCGCACCCAACAUACAAGAGGAAGCUCAUUGAAUUUGAGCAAACAGAAUACACAGACUUAUUUGGUCGCGCAAGAUGGCCAGGGGCACCACAUCGCGUUCUGGCAACCCCGUUCUUCAAGGAAUGGAAAGCGCUCCCAAGUCAUGAGAAUGAGACAAAUCAACCUGUCAUUGGCCGCACAAUCAUACACGGCAGGGAAAGAGAGGUUCGUCGUUUUGCUGGUACAGUUCCAAAUGCCUCAACUACUGGAGAUAUCGAAAGCAUGGCGAUGUAUGCUGGUCAGAGCAUUGGUCUUAUAAAGGAAAUUCUACCUGCAGGUGAAGUGAUAAUGAGGAUAGUUGAAGGGGCUCAACGACUGAUUGAUCAACAAUUUGCGCCCAUGAAUUAAGUCAGCAGGACCAAACAACUAGGUACUAUAUUCAUUUUCUUGCCUAUGUCCUGGUUUGUAAACCAUAAGUUGAAUUGAUCGCACAUUAUGUGCCAAGAAUGCAUUCACAUGAAGUUCAGAAAGGAAAAACAUGAAAAAGAAAAUUGUACAUGAAUAAAGAUUGGAGUUAUAGAGGUGGAAAUAAGAUGAUGUGUUGUACUACCCCUCCAGUUUGCUGUUUGUUUACUUGAUACUUGCUUGUAUCCUCAUACUUUUAGGUUUGACCUUUUUCUUGUUCAUUUUUGAGUUAAGCAAUAUAUCUACUAAUGAACUGAAUUCUUGGA